AUGUUGGACGAGAACCUACCUGCCUUCACUUUUAGACAGUCGUCUAACAAUCCACUCCUGAGCAUCCUUUAUUUCUCCCAAAACGGCUCCGAGCCUGCGCCAGAGUACUCUAUCCGGAAGAUAAAUCCAGCCCUGCCCGAGUCCAGGGGUAAGUAUGCGGUGGCCUUAGGCGACGCGGCCAUCCAGGAUGUCAUCUUUGCCGAGGUUUUGAUAGAGCCCGAAUUUCAGCGGCCUGCUCUCUCCGCAGCCGAGGCCAGGCAGCCGAACGCUGCCCCCCCGCCUCCUGUGCCUCUGAUACCGGACGGCUUCACCAUACAGCUCUACAAUCCCGAACAGCAGGUCGCCAUGAGGGGAGAGAAGAGCACCUGGACCGGAAAGGAGUCGUGGGAGUUCGAGAUACCCCAGCAGAGUUUUCGCAGGCCUUCUGCCUCGCAGCUCGAUCGCCAGCAGAACGACCCGGUCGCGAGCAGCCUCACCCCCAAGGUGCUGUUCAAGUGGAAGAGGGACAGCAAGUUCUCCAGAGACAUGACGUGCUACAUGACCGGCACGUCGGUGGGCGGCAAGAAGAGCAAGGACCCGGACAUCACGAUCGCGUUCUACAAGCACGGCCGGGAGCCCGGGCUGACGAUCUACGAGCCGAAUCUGCAGAGGGUAGACGUGGAAGACCGGAAAGGCCUGGAGAUCGUGCUGCUGCUCAGCGCCGAGGUGAUCCGGGAGAUCUACCUGUCGCCCAGCCGGGACUCCUUCAACAUCGGCGGCGGCGGCGGCGGCGGCGCCGCGAACCGGCGCCGGAACUCGCGCCCGGCCGCGGCCCCCUCGGCCUCGCCGGCCCACGUCAUGACCGGCGCGCUGGGCAUCGCGCCUCCGGGGGGGGUCGCCUCCCCCACCACGCCGCCGAGAGACGCGGGGCUGGACGCCGAGACGAAGCGCCUGCAAGCGCUGGUGCAGCAAGAAGAGCGCGAGCGCGAGGCGCGGGAGCGCGAGGAGGAGGCGCGCACCCGCCGGAUGCUCGAGGCGGAGGCGCGGGAGCAGCAGCGGCGCCGCGACGCCGAGGUGGCGCGGGAGACGGAGCGGCUGCGGCGCGAGUUCGGGCUGGCGGGCCAGAGCUUCGGCCCGGCGCCCAGGCUGCCGCCCCGGUCCCCGGCGGCGCCGGGCCAGCCGUUCGCGCCCCAGCUCCAGGUCCCCGUGCCGCCCGCGCGGCCCGUCAGCGCGGGGCCGCAGCCGCACGGCCGCGGCGGCUUCGGCACCUGGUUCCACGGCCUCGGCCCCAUGGCCGGGCCCCCACCGCCGCAGCAGCAGCACGGCCGCAGGAGGGUCGGCAGCGCCGACAGCGACAGGAUCAGGAAGAUCCAGAGUAAGAAGAGCACCCUGUUCUGA